AUGGCGUCAACUGGUGUCAAUGUGCUCCGGUGGUCCGCGCUCGCCGUGGGCGUUUUCUACGGAUUUUCCCACCAAAGAACGAUCACUUCAAGUCAACGAGCCGAGCAUGCUAAGCAUGAGUACGAAAGCAAGCAGAAACUGAUAGAUCAGGCCAAAGCCGAGUAUGCGAAGAAGCACGCCCCAGCUCCUUCCGCUACCCCCAAGGACGAAGUCAUUACUGACGCCAACCACCCGAACUUCGAUCUCGAGAAGCUCCUCCUGAAAUUAGCCAAGGAGAACCCCUAG